UUCACAAUUUUCAUUACGAAGAAACCAAGCCAAGCCAAAACUCAUUUUCUACAGAGAGAAGAAAAAAAAAAACCAAAACCUUCCCCAAAACGCCGCGUUUUGAACCUUUCUUGUUCUUCUCUUCUCCUUCAAUGGCGACUAGUAAAACCUACUACGCUAGGCCGAACUACCGGUACCUCCCGACCGAUCACCACCAGCAGACACUGGGCGCCGACUCGGCAUUCGAACUCGACGAGUCCGACAUCUACAACUUUGCCCGGUCCAGCUCGCCGGAGUACCGGAAGCCGGCGAUGAGCUCCCGCGUCGUCUCCUCGGCGGCGUCCAAGAAGUCCGCCUCGUCCAAGCGCUCCGACGCCGGCGACCGGAACGGCGGGACGGCGGCUUCGCUGCCGGUGGGCAUUCCGGACUGGUCCAAGAUCCUGAGGGACGAGUACCGAGAAAACCGGCGGAGCGGCGACGACGACGACGACUUGGACGACGAGUGCUUCGACGGGAGCGUGCGGGUCCCGCCGCACGAGUUUUUGGCGAGGCAGAUGGCGAGGACGAGAAUCGCGUCGUUCUCGGUCCACGAAGGCGUGGGGAGGACGCUGAAGGGGAGGGAUCUCAGCCGGGUCAGAAAUGCAAUUUGGGAAAAAACCGGGUUCGAAGAUUAAUUAGCCGAAACAAGAACAAUUUUUUUCCUUUCUCAAUUUUAAAGAAAAAUGAAGAGUUCCAGGAGGGGGUAAUUUACGGAAAUUAUUGGGUAGAUUUUUUUUUUUUUUUUUGGUUUAAAUUAUGAAUUUCUUGUAUCUUUUUUCUAAAUUUGUUCACGUAUUUUGGUGACGGAUGCGAUCGAGAUGAUCUUUAUUUUGAUAUAUGUAAUGCAAUUCUAACAGAGACGAUUUCCUUGAAAUUUCUCAAGGUUUAA